AUGGCGCAAGUUCUGGUUGCAGGACCUUAUAUUAAGAUUUACCCCUGGUCUCGAGCUGCCAAUCAAACCCUGAUCCCGCCUCCGCUCAGCCACGAGUGUUUUUUUCUCCCCCUCUGUGUGUGUGUGUGUGUGUGUGUGUGUGUGUGUGUGUGUGUGUGUGUGUGCGUGCGUGUGUGUGUGCGUGCGUGUCUCCCUCACCGGACACUCACUUUCUUCUGCAGGACAGGAGGAAUCUCUCUCUCUCUCUCUCUCUCCCCCUCUCUCUUUCCCCCUUUUCUCUCCGCUCUUCAGUCCUGUUUUCCGCCGCUCUCUGCAGACAUGCAUCGCCGGGGAAAGGCAAAACCCUCGUGGAAAAACCUUUUGAACUUUUGCAGAUGCACUUUAUAUUUAUCUCUUCUGAGUGUGCACGCGGACCCCGCGCUCUCAGCACACACAGAAGCCUCAGACACUUUUGCCUUUUACCACGAGGGUGCUCAGGGCUGUCUGGGCGUUCGGAAUCAAACCUUUUACCUCUCCUCGUCCUGCGAUGACGAUGCUCAGCAGUGGAAGUGGGUGACCAGGAGCCGACUCUUCAACCUGGGCUCCUCCCUCUGCCUGGGCGUUACUGUGGGCAAUGUGAGCGGACUGGCCGAGCGUUCUCCGCUGGGUAUGUUUCGCUGUGACUGGGAGCCCCCUCGAGUGCGCUGGACCUGGAGCUGCAGCAAGUUCCUGGAGACUCUGAACACCUACCUGCCCAAUCCUAAACUACUGCCCAUUGACCGCAACGGCUCGACUGCCCCGACCCUGCCUAACAGAUCCCUGCCAGAUAGACCCCUGCCUGGGGGUCUGCAGUGGAGACUGUACGGGGACGAGCAGGACCUCUGCACCAGAACAUACCGAGAGAUCUACACUAUUCAGGGGAACUCUCAUGGCCGGCCCUGCUACCUGCCCUUCCUGUACGACGGCCAGUGGUUCCACAGCUGCACCAGUGUGGGGAGGGAGGACGGCCAUCUUUGGUGCGCCACCACACACGACUACGCCAAAGACGAGCGCUGGGGAUUCUGUCCAGUUAAGAGUACAGACUGUGAGACAUUCUGGGACACACACUCUCUAAUGGACAACUGCUACCAGUUUAAUUUCCAGGCCACUCUGUCGUGGAGUGAAGCUCGUACAAGCUGCCAGCAGCAGGGGGCAGAUCUGCUGAGCAUUAUCAAGGUGGAGGAGCAGAGCUACAUCAAUGGUUUGCUGACUGGCUAUAGUGCCGCCCUCUGGAUGGGUCUGAAUGAUCUGGAUCUUAACGGAGGCUGGCAGUGGGCUGACUCCGCCCCUCUUAAAUACCUCAACUGGGAGGCAGACCAGCCAAACCAUGAGGAGGAUCAGAACUGUGCCGUGAUCCGCACUGAGAGCUCAGGCCGCUGGCAGAACAGAGACUGUUCGGUGGCUCUUCCUUACAUCUGCAAGAAAAGACCCAACGCCACACUGGACCCCUUCACAACAGAGUCUUGGGCAGAUGACGGGCAGUAUCAGUGUGAUCUAGGCUGGCAGAACUUCCAGGCCGGCUGCUAUAGAUUGAACUCGGAUAAGCUGGACUGGAACUCCGCCCAGAAAACCUGCCAGAAGAUGGAUGCCCAUCUAGUCAGCAUCCACACCCUACCAGAGCUGGAGUUCAUCACUGUGCAUAUGAAGAAAGAUGUGGAUGAGUUAUGGAUUGGACUGCACGACACUGCUAUGCAGAUGAAUUUUGAGUGGACUGACCGCACCCCUGUUAUCUUCACCUUCUGGCACCCCUUUGAGCCCAACAACUUCCACAAUACCCAGGAGGACUGUGUGACCAUGUGGGGGCUGGAGGGCCGCUGGAAUGAUAGCCCCUGCAAUUUCUCUUUGCCCUCCAUCUGCAAGAAAGCUGCUCAGAAAAUAGAUGGACGGAUCCAGGACCAUGGCUGCAGAAAGGCUUGGAAAUGGCACAGUCCUGCAUGUUUCUGGGUUGGAGAGGAGCCGAUAACCUUUAACACUGCCAGAAGAGCAUGUGCCAGCAAGAAUUCCUCAUUGGUCGUUAUUAACAACAGGUUUGAACAGGCAUUUGUGAACAGUCUUGUGUUUGGUCGUUCUGAGGAUCAUUUCUGGCUGGGUCUUCAUAAUGAGAACAGCACUGGCCCUUUCCACUGGCUCACCGGAGAGGAACUGACGUACACAAACUGGAACCGGGACCAGCCAGCCUCUAUAAAAGGUGGAUGUGUAGCGAUGGCGACGGGACACGCUACAGGCCUGUGGGAGGUAAAGGAAUGCUCGACUGCUCGCUCCAAAUACAUCUGCAGACAGGAUAAAGGCUCCACCGUUCCCCCUACACCCCCGAAACCUCAGCCCACGCCUUCCCUGACUGGGACAUGUCCUUCUGACUGGAAAACCUCUGGCACUCUGCGCCACUGCUAUAAGGUCUUCCAUGCAGGCCAGCUGGAGAAGAAGCUGACUUGGAUCCAGGCCCAUACAUUUUGUCGUAAGCAUGGAGCCGAACUGGCCAGCUUCAGUGGCCCAGAUGAGGAGGCCUUCAUCUUCCAGGUCCUUCAUGGGGCCUUUGGAGAGGAGGACGAUCAUGAGCAGCACUGGAUCUGGAUUGGCUUGUCUCGUCGGGACAGUGAAAGCUGGACAUGGAGUGAUGGAUCUGCUGUGUCCUAUCAGAAUUUUGGCAGGGAUGCGUAUAGUACAGCUCGCUGUGGAGCGGCGAACCCUGCUGAUAUGAACUGGCUGAAGGCUGAAUGUGAUACUGAGCUGGACUGGAUCUGCAAAAUACCAAAAGGCAAAGCAGAGGUGGAGCCUGAAAUUACUGAAGACUCUGGUCAGGAGUGGGUGGAUUUCCAAGAGGCUCAGUAUAAGCUAUUUGAGCAUCGCACCACAUGGGAGCAGGCCCAGAGGAUUUGCAGCUGGUUUCACGCCUCUCUUGCCUCCAUACACUCCAACGAAGAGAAACAGUUCUUGGCAGGCACUGUGCGCAAGAUGUCAAACAUAAAAAGUGAUCUCUGGUGGAUUGGACUGUACACUUAUGAGAAGGACGGGCGAUACAGGUGGUCUGAUCAAUCGGUGCUCAACUAUGUGUCCUGGGGACCUGGACAACCUCGUCCCCCCACCAGAGACCGCAAGUGUGUCCACAUCUCUGCAUCUAAAGGUGAAUGGGCAGAUCAGAAGUGUCAUUUAGAUUUGCCAUAUGUGUGCAAGAGGGUAAACGUCACGGGCACGCCUCCUCCGACUCCAGCUCCUCCCCCCACUCCAGCAGGCUGCCCUGAUGGCUGGAGUCCAUUCCUUCACAGAUGUUAUAAGGUAUUUGGGCAAGAGGAAGCGAGACGUGUCACCUGGUCUGCCGCCCGCAUAAUGUGCGAAUCUCAAAGUGCAAAACUAGCUACAGUGCCUAGUCAUAUUGAGCAAGCCUUCCUGGUGACUCUGCUGCCAAACUCCAGCUUCCAUUUGUGGGUGGGGCUCAAAGCGGAUUCAGAAGGACAGUUCAGGUGGGCGGAGCCUGGGCUCCUUAGCUACACAAACUGGGCCCCUGGGGAGCCAGUGGACAACAGAGGACACAGCAAGAACUCGGGUAACUGUGUGGUGCUUCUGCAUAGUGUCCCUCACCGAACCACAGGAAUGUGGUCAUCCCGAGGCUGUGAAGGAGAGAAACAUGGAUACAUCUGCAUGAAAAGCAAAGACCCUGCUAUACCUCCUGGUGUAGACCUUCUUCCCCCUGCAUUGGGCAGCCCUUUGGAGUUUCAGGGGGUUCAGUACCGUUUGUUGCAGAAGAAGCUGGACUGGGAGGGGGCUCUGCAGGUGUGUGAGUCUGUAAACGGCAGCCUGGCUGCAGUACGAGAUCCACGACAGCAUGCGUACCUCAAACUCCUGCUCAGUACUCUCCGCAAACCUGCCUGGAUCUCCCUGCAUAAUGAUGGGGGUCGGAGCUACAGAUGGCUGGGUGAAGAGGAUGUUACUUUCAGUGACUGGCAGGACGGAGAGCCCAAGCCGACGACUGGCUGUGGUCACAUGACUACUGGCGGACAAUGGACUGUAUCUGCCUGUGACUCUAAAUUAGAAGCAGCCAUUUGUGAAAUGAAUACAGAGCGAACCAUUGCUCAUAGGUGGACGUAUCCAGGACAUUGCCUUCAGACGCUGGGGGACUGGUCCUGGAUUCCUUUCAGAAACAACUGUUAUGCUUUUAACCUGAACCAGCUCAGGUUACAGCACGAGGCUCUGCACACCUGCAAAAAAGUGGACGCAGAGCUGUUGUCAGUGCUGGAUGAGAGUGAGAAUGGAUUUGUAUGGGAGCACAUUCAGGGCUAUCAGGAGCAGGCUAAUGGCGCUUGGCUUGGCAUGACCUUUAACCCCAGAGGAGGUGGUCUGCAGUGGCAGGACAGCUCGGUUGUGGAGUACACUAACUGGGAGCAGCAGGACGCUAAUCUGAGCAUGCUCUCUGCUAACAGCUGCUUCUGGGUGCAGAGCAACACUGGGUUCUGGAGGCCUGGAUCCUGCAAGAAUCGCACCCAUGGAGUCAUCUGCAAACGGCCACGAGGACUGGACAUGGACAUGCACGAUGGACGAAAUCAAGUGGAUCAUCUUCCCGCGCUGGUUCUCAUCCUCCUGGCUGUACUGGUCCUCAUUGCCCUCGUGGUGGGCGGAGUUUAUCUGUAUCGGAGGAGGAGCUCCGGCUCUGCAGGGUCGUACGAGGGCGCUCGGUACAGCCGCACUAACUCCAACCCAUCCGAAGAGGCGGAGAAAAACAUCCUGGUGUCGGACAUGGAGCUAAACGAGCAGGGGGAAUAAUGGAGGGACUGAAGUGGGGGAUGAUUAGGAGUGAAAACUGGCCUGCACAUUUAUGGAUUAAUUGAACUAAAUUUUUUUUUUUUUUUUUUUUUUUU